AUGGAGGCCCUACUAUCCGUUUCCUUCGACAACAUCACCUCCAAGGAGACGUCCAAGGUCCGCAAAGGCCUGCGCCAGAUUGAGGGCCUGCUGGCACAAAUAUGCCUGAGCCGGAAGCCGGACCCCGCCGCCGCCGCCAAACACAAGCGCAAUGGCUCCGCGUCCAAGAAAAGCCCGUCUGAACCCAAGGAGCUCGGCGCACUGCACAGCGAUCCGGCCUUCAGAGAGUUCUUCCGUUUGCAAGAUGGUUUCGAGUGGAAUGUCGCAACACGGCUCAUCGCAUGUCUCGAGAGAUUAAUGGGCAUGGGUGCAAGCGGACAGGGCGACAUGCUCAUCCUCUCCGUGCUUGACCUCCUGCAAGGCACCCUUCUCCUGCACCCCGCUUCGCGUGCAUUGUUCGGCCGCGAAAUCUACAUGAACCUCUUGCUCGACCUUCUUGACUGCGGCGAAUGCCCUUCGAUCCAGUCGCGUUCCCUUCUCGUGCUUGUCACCGCACUCCUGGACACGCCGUCCAACACGCGGACGUUCGAGUCCAUCGACGGCCUCCUUACCGUCACCUCCCUCUUCAAGUCGCGCAGCACCGGAAAGGCCGUCAAGCUGCAAUUAAUGGAGCUGUUCUACUUCUACCUCAUGCACGAGACGCCCACCAUCCCGGCCGGCGCAAAAGGAAACUCCCUCGGCGCCGAACGGAGCUCCAGCGACCGCAAGGUGCGGGAUCGCAGGUUGAGCGAUCCCGGUCAAAAGACGAAGUCGGUAUCGGAGAAGCAGGCGCUUCUCGGCAGGUACAUUGGCAACGUCGACGACCUGGUGCAGGACCUUCGCGACUGCACGCCUUUCAGCACGGGCAUCAGUGUCGCUGCUUAA